AGCUUUGCUUCCUGGCCUCAGUGGCGCUGCUGCUCUGGUCGCUGUCGAGCCUGCGAGAGCAGAAGGAACUUGACCUCAUGGAUCUCAUUGGGGAAGACCGAAAAUGGAUGGUGGGGAGGAAGCUGUUGCAGGUGAAUGAUACACUGACUUCUGAAGAUGCAGGACUCCGAAGCAGCAAGAAUUGCACUGAGCCAGCCCUGCAUGAAUUCCCCAGGGACAUCUUCUCCAACGAAGACCGACGACAAGGAGCGGUGGUCCUCCAUGUGCUCUGUGCCAUGUAUAUGUUCUACGCUCUCGCCAUCGUGUGUGAUGACUUCUUCGUCCCGUCCUUGGAAAAGAUCUGUGAGCGCCUCCACCUCAGUGAAGAUGUGGCAGGAGCCACAUUCAUGGCGGCAGGCAGCUCAGCCCCAGAGCUGUUCACAUCGGUCAUAGGAGUGUUCAUCACCAAAGGUGACGUGGGAGUCGGUACCAUCGUGGGCUCUGCUGUGUUCAACAUCCUGUGUAUCAUUGGUGUCUGCGGGCUCUUUGCCGGGCAGGUCGUGGCUCUUUCCUCCUGGUGUCUGCUGAGAGACUCCAUCUACUACACACUGUCGGUGGUGGCGCUCAUUGUGUUCAUUUAUGAUGAAAAAGUUUCUUGGUGGGAAUCCCUAGUCCUUGUGCUGAUGUACCUCAUCUAUAUUGUCAUCAUGAAAUACAACGCGUGCAUACAUCAGUGCUUCGAAAGGAGGACGAAGGGUGCUGGGAACAUGGUCAACGGCUUGGCCAACAAUGCUGAGAUCGAUGACAGCAGCAACUGUGACGCAACUGUGGUGCUACUUAAGAAAGCCAAUUUCCACCGCAAAGCGUCAGUGAUCAUGGUGGAUGAGCUGCUGUCGGCCUACCCACACCAGCUUUCUUUCUCUGAGGCUGGCCUUCGAAUUAUGAUCACAAGCCACUUUCCUCCCAAGACCCGGCUCUCCAUGGCCAGUCGCAUGCUGAUUAAUGAGAGACAGAGACUGAUAAACAGCAGGGCAUAUGCCAACGGGGAAUCCGAAGUGGCCAUCAAAAUCCCAGUUAAACACACUGUGGAGAACGGAACAGGGCCUAGCAGUGCCCCGGACAGGGGUGUGAAUGGCACCCGGAGGGAUGACAUCAUUGCUGAGGCUGACAAUGAGACAGAGAAUGAGAACGAAGAUAACGAGAACAACGAGAACGACGAGGAGGAAGAGGAGGAUGACGAUGAUGAUGAAGGACCCUACACGCCUUUCGACCCGCCCUCUGGCAAACUGGAAACCGUGAAAUGGGCAUUCACCUGGCCACUGAGUUUCGUCUUGUACUUCACUGUCCCCAACUGUAACAAACCCCACUGGGAGAAAUGGUUUAUGGUGACAUUUGCUUCCUCUACGCUGUGGAUCGCAGCCUUCUCCUACAUGAUGGUGUGGAUGGUCACCAUCAUUGGUUACACCUUGGGAAUCCCUGAUGUCAUCAUGGGGAUCACCUUCCUGGCUGCUGGAACCAGUGUGCCCGACUGCAUGGCCAGCCUUAUCGUGGCCAGACAAGGGAUGGGGGAUAUGGCCGUGUCCAAUUCCAUCGGGAGCAAUGUGUUUGACAUCUUGAUUGGUCUCGGUCUUCCCUGGGCUCUGCAGACUCUCGCUGUGGACUACGGAUCCUAUAUUCGACUGAACAGCAGAGGCCUCAUCUACUCCGUCGGCUUGCUCCUGGCCUCUGUCUUUGUCACGGUGUUUGGUGUUCACCUGAACAAAUGGCAGCUGGACAAGAAGCUAGGGUGUGGGUGCCUCUUCCUGUACGGCGUGUUCCUCUGCUUCUCCAUCAUGACGGAGUUCAACGUGUUCACCUUUGUGAACUUGCCCAUGUGUGGGGACUAAUGAUUGGCCUGGCCACCUGCCGAGGCCCAGGUCCUCCUUUUCUGUGCAAUACGAGACCCGGUCGCACCCGAGUCAGACGGCCCCUCAAGGGCCGCAGCGUCCGUCUCUCCUGUGCUGUCCACAGGCCUCCACUCCUGUCCUGGUGGCCUAGGCUCUCUCUGCCACCUCCUUUGCUCCCAGGUCCCUUGAUCCUACCUCCCACCCAGCCCCUCUCACCUGCCCACCCCCAUCCCGUCCCCCCUCUUCCACGUGAAGCCCCCACCACCCACAUGAAUUUUCAAGCUCCAUUUUUUUGAACAGUGACUGAGAUUCUAGAACAAAACUGGCUGCUAACUGGCCCAAGCCAGGCACAACUUACUUCAAACCCUCUCCUUUUUUAAGUUAUUUCACAGAAGACACCCUAAUUUAUGACCAGAGACUUUGAGGGGUCUGCUGAGGGCAGGAAGCGUUGGGAUUAUUUCAUUCGGGGUUGAUUCCUAGGUUACCGAGUUUAGGGAAUUGUUUUACUUGAGGGGGCUCUUCGUUUCUUUACUUUUCUUUCAGAGAUGGAGGAGUCCCCUGUGUCUUCUCUCCCUGGGCUCUGGCUUAAUAGAUGAUCCACACGUUGUACUGAGCGUCUCCUGGGGGGAGGGUGAGCCCCAGGAAUGGUGGGAAUUGAACAAUUAGUUGGGAAAACACUGAGCAAGACCACCAGGAAUAAAUGCAUGACAUGCUGUUUUUCUGCCCAAGGACACCUCACUAAAGUCCUGAAGGCAUCACCUGGGGGGUGGGGGUGGGGGGUUACGGUGUUAGAGAAAGAAACCUGUUUCACACACGUUCACUACGACCAUCCCUUUCUCACUAGAUCCUGUCUAGUUUUUUCAAGCAAUAGUUCUAGCCUGCCUGCGGCCUUUGACAGGGAGGCUCUGGCUAACUGUUGAUGCCAGGCAGUCAACAGCAGAAACUUCCCCAGCGUGUGAGUUCUUGAAGACGUGCUCUUGUUGCUUGGCAUUUGUGGUGACAGGGGAUGACCCAAGAGGCUAUAUUACUGUUCUCUGGACAGAAGUUACAGACACUGGUUUCUUGGAAAAAAAUGGAGAGAAGCACAUUUUGCACAGAUGUCGUCAAUGAAGUCCCAAUUUGCCGCUUGGUAUCGAGUACACUGGACCCUGACGGCUGGCUCUUGAGCAAACAUCCUUCGUUACAGGAUGCCACCACCAAGCUGGCCAGUUUCACCCCUCCCCUCUCAGAGGGAUGACCAGGGAGGGAGAAAGCAGAGAACUGAUGCCUUGGAAACCACAGAAUGGGCUCGAGGGCACACAUUAUUGUGAACAUUUCGCCAACCACUGCUCAGCCGCCCUGCUAGAUUUUCUAUAAUGCUGAAUUAUUAUGCAGAAUAAUUCCCAAGUUGAGAUACACCCAUGCUUGUUACACUUGUAUUUAUUGAAACUGUGGAUUCUUGCCCGUCCGUGCUGUCCCUCGUAUUUACUUUAAGCACUGAUCACUUCUCAUCCAUUUGGUAUGGUUUUCCCAGUCCCUUGUACACAUCCUGGUUUGAAUUGUAAAAAAAAAAAAAAAAAAAAUAACCUGCUACAAAUCGGUUGACUGUUUCUGUCUGCAGUACAAGCCGAGGGGCAGCAUCAACCAAGGACCGGGAGAGGAAAUCACCAAUUUGGGCUCUCAGAGCUAAGACACACUUAUUGAUUUGGUUGCACAUUUUGCACUGGUUUACGGCGAAUGUUUUCUUGGACGGAUGGUGUAAAAUAAACUUCUCUGUUCUGUAUCCUCCCUGAAA